AUGGAUGUGGAUCGGUUGAUGAAAGAUCUCACGAUCGAACAACUUGAGAGUAUUCAACAAGAUUUAGAGUAAGUUGUUGAUGAAUUUUGGAAGAAAUAGUUUUUGAAUUUUUUUCAGGACGAAAAUGGAGGGAAAACGAGAAAGUUUAAGAGAAAUGGUUGGAAGAAGAUAUCGAGAUGUUUUAGAAGCUUCAUCCGAAGUUAGAAAUGUUUGUGCAUUAGCAGAUAAAUUAACAGUUGAUAUUGCAAAUACGAGAGUUAAUUAUCAAUCACAACACAUCAGGUAGGUAAACUAGAAGAUUAAAAAAUUGUGAAAUGAGAAAAUCUUUAUUAACAAUUAUUAAUUUGCAUCAAAUUAUCAUGAGUCACUUUGUGUUGAAUCAAUCGAUUCAAGUCGUUUUCUUUUUUUCACUGAGCAAGUUAAAACCCAAUCUCUUUGUAAACUUUUUGCUGAAACUUCUUGAUCACAUUUAAUUUUGCUGACUACUUCUGCUGAUUUUUCUGGUCGGCGAGGUCUGAAAAGAUUACAUAUAAAUUGAAAACCAAAAAUGAGAUUGAAACUCACGGAAUUUUAAUCGCAGAUUUGCCUAGAUUAUUAUUUCCGUUUCCGAUAUUUGCAAUCGUAUUUUUACUUGGAGAUUUUCCGGGUUUGUUGUUCAAAGGUUCUUGAGAUGGACUUUCUGAUUUUUUGAGAAGUGUAUUUUUUGUUUGUUGAGGUUGAACAUUUGAUUGAGUUUCUGAUGGCCCAUUUGAAGUGACGCUGAGAAAAAUAGAGGUUAAGAAUUUUUCAAGAAAAUUUAGAAAGAAAUCUGAAACGUAUGUAUUGCUAAACGGUACUGCAACUAUAUUUCUAGAUUUUUAACAUACAUAUUUACUUUGUAGAUCAUCUUGACAAGCAAUAUUUCAAUUUUCUACUUACGUGCUUGAGAGAUUUUCUUCAAUAAUCGAUUGUGAUUCAUUUUCUUGUUUUUGAGAAGAUUUGCAACAAUUAAAUACAAGCGAACAAAUAAAAAAUACUGUAAUUGCUAUCAAAUCCGUAAUCAUAUCUGAUUUUAGAAAUCACAUCCAGAAUAAAAAAAUGAUUUAUUUCAAAAAUAUAAUUGCUUUUAUACAAUUCCGAUGGGCCUCUUUUUUUCACGCAUUUCGCGUGUUACAAAAACCUAAUUUUUUAUCAUUUCUAGAAAUGGCAGCAAAGAUGAACAACGAGCUGGUGAACAUUUUCUUGCUGUUAAUUAUCUUAUUUCAAAUAUUGGAUCUGAUGAUGGAGAACCUUUAGAUGAUGUCGUUAGUCUUUGUAUGGUUGAACAUUUACAAAAACAACUUAUUAGUAAUCAUGCAAGUCUGAUGGUAUGUUCAGCAAUUUUUCUGGCUUUUUCUCAAAAAAAAAAUGAAUUUUUAGAUUCAUAAAAUCGCGCGAGUUUUGACUGGAAGAAUUGUUGCAACUCGAUCUGAAUUAGAGGAAUUCAAUACUUCUACUUUAUCAGAUAUUUCAAGAUCUGAUUGGGCUGUGAAUCAAUUGACGGCUAUUGCAAUUCUUCAAACAAAGGAUAUAUCUCAACUUCUUGAUUUAUAUUUGGAAAAACGAUUUGUGAGUUUUUGUUUUUGUUUUAGGGGAUUAUAAAGUCUGAGGCUAGAGUUUUGUUUCUAAAAGUAAAUUAUGGGAAAAAUUGAAUUUCAGUAAAAAAAAACCUCUCAUAUGUUUAUUUUCAGGAAUACAUAAAACAUUUGAUCGAAGAUUCUGCAACAAUUUUGAGUGUCGUCGAAGAAAUCAAAAAGACUUUGAGUGUUGUUGAAGAAUUGUUUGUGCAUGGAGAAUUACAACAUUCAAUUCAAUCAGUUUGUAAUGGACAAUAUAAAUGUGAAUUAAUUCGAGAAAUGUGUGCUGAUCAAGCAUAUUCAUUUGAAAAAAACAAUUAA